UUUUUUUUUUGUAUUUUUUACAUCUUAUUUUAUAUAUAAACUAAGUUGAAAGAAAUGAUAUAUGAGUAGCUUCAAGAAAACCAUUUUUCAACUUGGUUUCUUAAUAGAUAACCAAGAAUGAGAGAGAGAGAGAGAGAGAGAGAGAGAAAGAGAGAGAGAAAGAGAGAGAGAGUGAGAGAGAGAGAGAGAGAGAGAGAGAGAGAGGAAGAGAUAGAUAUAUAGAGAGAGAGAGAGAGGAAGAGAUAAAUAUAUGGAGAUAGAGAUAAAGAUAGAAAUAGAGAUAGAGAUAAAAAUAGAGGUAUGCAUUUAAAAGAAGUCUAUAUCGAUUCACGGUGGGAGUCAAGUACCUCUCUUAAGAGAUUUAAACUCGUCAACCCUCUCUCUGGUGUGUUUAUCGUCACCACUUGAGAAUAAUUUCCACUGAACGUUUCGAGUCUUUUUCAUUACAGUUUCUUUAAAUGCAGAAGUAAUAUGACGAAGUAGCUCCUCAAAAAAAAAUUUGUGCUCAUCUCAAAACGAAACGGAGGUCAGGGUAAUAAACCUUUGGAGAAGAAUUAUGAUUAUGGUUACAGUGGCGGUGUCAUCGGUGGUGGGUGGUGCUCCUCUCAACGUGCAAAAACCGGGAAUUGGUAUAUAGUUCGAGCACACUAUGCUGCCGUCGAAUCGGACAACGUUCUUAAGAUUGUUACUGUGAUGCUUGACCUACUGGCGGAUGAUUAUGGAGAUAGCCGAUGUCGGAGGUGGGCAGGUACGAACAGGAUUGAUCUUCCUUUUCCUUAUAUCGGUGAUCCUGAUCAAGAGGACUACCGGUUCGAACGGCGGCACCUGCGGCCUUGCGGAAUUGACUUGUCGAGACGGGCAUUGCGUACCAAUUGAUGCAUAUUGCAAUGGUAAAAAUGAUUGCGGGGAUGGCAGCGACGAGCCAACGCUUUGUACUCCAUGCAACCGCACCUAUCACGGUCAGGAGGGUCGUACCUAUCAUUUGGAGCUUUCUAGACCAGCCGAAACGCGUCUUCCUUUUCUAUGUCACCUGACCUUCACUGCGGCUGGUCGAGGUUACGGUGAACUCGUUCAACUACUUUGGGAUUCCUUCAGCGUAGGACGUCUCGAGCCAAACGCCGAAUAUCUAUCGGCUAGCUGUCCCGAAGGAUCUUUGCAAUUGGCCGAAUUGGGUAGACACUUUACAGGUGGAUUUUGGUGUGGCGCCGGCGAAAAUCGUGCAACUUAUUACAGCGAGACCAGUACGGUCACUGCCUCGAUUCGUCUAUUUCACGCACCACCCUCCGUUCCCUUUGAUUUCCGUCUUAGAUAUCGUUUCGUUUCUCGAAACGACGCCGUGGCACGUCUAGGAAAGCCGGAUUAUCCAAUCGAGAGGGGCUCGCCCGUUCCAGGAACCUACUGCUCCAGAAACUUUUACGAGUGCCACUUGAAACAAUGUCGUCUCCAAAGCCCAAAUUAUCCAGGAGAAUAUCCAAGAAAUGCGAGCUGUAUGAUUACGCUCCGUCAAAAGGAGGUACCAACUUGCAAACAUGCUAUGAUAUCUGUUAAAAACAGUCCAACCGGCCCAACUGGAUUAACCAGCUCCAAUGCGUCGCUCAGCAUUUGGCAGGAUUGCACGCCUGAAAAAGAUCGACUAAUCUUUCACGACGGCUUGCGUACCGAAGAUCCAAUACUUUUGAUUUAUUGUGGUGGUCCUUUACCAAGAGUCAUCGCCAGAGGACCAAAUAUGCUCGUUGAGUUUAGAAGUUCACCGAUUGCCAUUCCUUUAGGAGCGUCGGCAUUGAGACUCGAAUUGGAAGUUCAAGUUAUCUAUGUGGACUCAGAUGGUUUGGAUUAUGCCAGGAACUCCGAAGGAUGUCAUUUCUUUGUCAAUGGUACAGCCAAAAGGAGCGGCACGUUAAGAGCUCCGCUUCACGCACUACCACCAAGUUCUAGUUGCACGUGGAAUAUCAAAGGAUCAGCUGGUGAUCGCGUAUGGAUAUAUUUCUCAUCUUAUUCUCAAAGGGAUUUAACAACGAGUACGGAAAAUAAUGCUAGCACGCAAUCGGAUUCAUUGUGUGGAGUUAAAUUAUUAUUUUGGGAUGGAUCUCCGUUAACUGGACUUCCUAUGGUCACCCUUUGCGACAGUACACCUAAACUUUGUGCACAUGCGGCCCUUAGAAAUGCUACGAGAAGUACUAGACCUUGCACAGCAGAUGAAAGUUAUCUCACGAUUGCACCGAGCUUAACAUUGCGAAUGGAAACCGUACUUGGAACUGCUCUUCACAAUGUCAACUUUCAGGCUCAAUACGAAUUCAUUUCAACGAUUCAAGUUGGUGAACCAUGGGGAGACGGUGUUUGUAGCAGAGUUUGGCGUAAAGUUCGAAGCGGUGAUGUGACGUCACCACGGGAUGUACGGCUUUACGGUAGAGGUGGUUCCUCCAAAUUGGAUUGCAAAUAUAGAAUAGAAGCUGGAGUAGGCGAAAGAGUUAGAUUAACGUUGCACAACGUUAGCCUCGGGGAAGCAACGUCCUGUAUCAGCGAACCGGACCCACAUACUGGUAGACCACGUUGCGUACACGAGAUCGGUUCAAGAGAGGCUCGAUUGGUUCUUUACGAGGCACCGUGGCGUGACGUCAAAUUACCUAGAGCUUGUCUUUGCGAUAACACGUCUAAUCUUCCGUUGACCCAUAUCUCAGCUGGAAGAGCACUUGAGAUUACGUUCCUGGUAGAUCAGCAGGCACCUCACGAAGACUUCGAGACUCUCUUCUUUUACGCCAGUUUCGAGUUGGUGCGUUCACCGGAGUGCCCGAGAAAACAGAGAGUUCGUGGCGAAGGUGGAGAGUUAAGAUUCGUUGCUCCGCCCUUAUCAAGGCCGGACAUCUAUUGCGAGGGUCUUCCAUGGUUAGUCGAGGCUAGAGAAAAUAGAUCGUUAUUUGUAUUAACUUGGGGUUGGUUCAUGCCGUUAGAACCAGGACCGGUAUCCGAAUCGAGCGACGCCAUUAAAUGUCCAACAUCUAACAGGAUAUUAUUGUAUUCCGGUUGGCCACCAAGAUUGUUGAAAGUGGUUUGUCCAGCUGAACCCGGUGCCAGGGAGUUUACAGUUCAUGUGUUUUCUGAAGAAUGGUUAGGCGGAGAGGAAGGGAAAUGGCCUGGGCCACCAAGGCCACCUGCACUUUUAUUGGAUUUUGUUGCCAGAGAAUCCGGUCAAGCUGCAGCCUCUUGGUUGGAAAUAUCUAAGAGCAGAGCUGCUUUACGCAGACAGUUACGUCUUCCAGAAAGAGGACCAGAGAACGAGACCGUAUCUCAGGGAGAUUGUCCGCACAAAUGUCCCGAACUUGGUGCUUGCAUCGCUGCCAGUCUUUGGUGCGACGGCAGGCCACACUGCCCGUCCGGUCAUGACGAGGCCAAUUGCGGAAGCGGCGCUAGAUUAUUAGGGUUAUUGCCGCCGGCUUUAUGGCUCGUCGUUGCCGGAGUUACCGGAAUUGUCACUGCCUUUGCGUGCCUCUUCGCCAUACUAAUCAGCAGGUCCAGGUUACGCGCGAAACGACUUCGUUAUAAAGGAACGAUGAAGAAUAGCAAACCGAGACGGGCGCCGACGGAAGAGACACUUUUGGGUGCGGCAUCCUGACAUCAGCAGCCCGGUUUCGUGGAAUAUAUUCACGUUGACCGGGAAACUACCGUUUAGUAGUGAUACAACAUACCUAACACGUUCUGUGCUUCACCGUCCAUUAACCAAACUUGAUACACUCCCUUAAAUAUUCACGGAGCGUACUGGUUCAUUAUCAUCUAGCUCCUUAACAUUUUUCAUUUCCUCAUAUCUCUGUCUAUCUGUUUCUCUAUCUCUCUUAUGAUCGAAUACACACAUUCCUUUCUUUAAUAGAGAAUUAAUAAACGUUUGUUUUAUUUA